AUGAAUAAAGAAAAUAGUUCACCAGUAGAGAACAGAUCAGGUGUUGGGAGCGAGCAACAACAGGUUGCAAAUGCAUCAACCCUGAUAGACUAUAAUCAGAUGAGUGACGAGGAGUUAGCGUACCUAAUGGAAGAACAGGACCGACUCAUUGUUCAAGAGGAAGCGAAAAGAGAGAGGAUUACACGUUUAAUCGAGAACCAAAGACAAUUACUAGUACUGAGAAGUCAGAAUGAAGAAUUGACAAGAGAAUUGGUCAAGAUUAAGAAAGCAGAAAAGAGAUCAUAUGGGAGCAUAGAAGAUGAUAGUGAUAUAGAUUCAGAGGCAAGCUCGAACAGAGGCACAACCUAUCAGAGAUCAAAUAGAUUGUCAACAAAUGCUUCAUCCUCCUCAUCAAUGCCUACGACAAACGUCGUAAACAACAAUCAAACAACAUCCUCGCCAUCAACAACAGUGCUAGGGAAUGAGCAGUUAUUUGAUCUCAGACAAGCACUGGAUUGCAUCAGAGAGGGAGCAGAUCCACAUGUGAUUGACCAAAUUAUCACUCAAAAGAAAAGAUUAUCCAAAGAACAACUUAUGAUGGUACAAGACCAAUCGAUUAGAUUCAUACCCGAUGAAAUCAAAGAUGUGGGUGCAUACCUCAGAUCGUUGAGAAUGACAAUGGAGAUGUAUGGAUGGCCAGUGACACACAUGUUAUUUCUUGCAAUGAAGAUUACCUCACCAGAGGUGAAUCAGGCAAUGAAACUAGGAGAAAGACAGUCUCUCUCGUGGGAGGAAUUCAGCCAAAUGGCCCAGACAUUGGCAACUCCCCACAACAUCUCAAAGAAAAGGGAAGAGUUUGUUGGCCUACAUCAAGCCAAGUCAGAGUCAGUGGCUCAAUUCUCAAGUCGGUUCCAAACUCUAGUUGGAUUUCAAGAUCAACUAUCGGAUAAAGGAAUAUACGAUUUAAAAGAAAUCAUCGGUCAUGCACAAGGGGUCGAAUCGAUGAUCGUACUGGUCAAAAAGAAGAAUGGUACUCCUAUCAACAUUGAAAAUGGUGACACCAGUAAAACUAGUACUAGUUCAACACAACAAGAGGAUAAAGGAGACAAGCAUGGGAAGAUGAUUAGGGAAGAGAGAUUAAAAAAGAUUAUGGAAUUGACAAACAAGAAGAAGUACACAAUUAUUCAAUUACACAAGGAAAGAAAGUGUUAUGGUUUUCAAGUCCAUGUAAAUUUCGCAAGGACCUGGAGACCAUCUACCCACCCUCGGGUAAUGGCUCCGGGUACCGUGCUAGCAAAUAAUUUAAUUGAUGAUGGAAAAGAACUGCUAUACAUUGAUGUGGAAAUGUAUAACAGUCGUAUGAAAGCCGUCAUCGACACUGGAUCAACGAUAUCGUUAAUCGAUAGUAGAUUGGUGUCGAGAGACGCAGUCGCACGGACACCCACAAAAAUCGUCACGUUAGGCGAAAAGAAAGAGGACUUGGAAAUUUUGGAUUUACCAAGAGCAAAUCUGAAAGAAUCAGAUUAUAUGAAACUGGACAACAACGUUAGAAGAGAGAGAAAGGAAGUAGAUGAAAGUCGUCACCCAGAGGUGGAGCGACUAUUGGAAAAGUACAGCAUCAUUUUCAUAAAUGAUUAUGCAGAUUUUCCUCCAAAGAGAGAAGUGGAAUUUAAAAUUAACCUCAUUCCAGGAAAGGAGAUUGGAAAGAUUUACAUUCCACAACACUCUCAGAAAGAGAUAGAUACACUCAACCGAUUUGUAGAAAAGAUGGUAGAGAAAGGAUUGAUGGAGAAAUCGUUGGCAACACAUCCAAUGCCGUCGCUGGUAGUCGAUAAUGGAGAUAGAGUCGUUCAUGAUUACCGUACGUUGAAUGCGAUUACCGAGACCGACAACCACCCUAUCCAAUUCAUCCCAGUACUCCUGACAAAGAUGGCAGGUGCCAAGAUAUUUUCCAAGUUGGAUGCCAAGAAAGGAUUCUAUCAAAUUAGAAUUAGAGAGGAAGAUAAAGAGAAGACAGCGGUACAGACACCGAUGGGUGUGUAUCAUUACAGAGUGAUGCCAAUGGGCGUCAGGAAUGCACCGGCGACAUUUUGUCGCCUGAUGGACAAGAUCAUACAAGAGAUCUAUGAUGAGAACAAGGACGAAGAGAUUUUCGUCAUAUGUUAUAUUGACGAUAUUUUGGUAUUUUCAAAGAAUGAAGAGGACCACAAGAGACAUGUCUCUCUCGUUUUAAAGAAAAUGGAGGAACAUUUGGUUUAUUUAAAUGGGAGCAAAUGCGAUUUGUUCAAAGAUGAAGUGGCAUUUGUAGGCUACAAGAUAAAUGGAGAAGGCAUAACAACAAACGAAGAAAAGACGAAACCGAUCGUCGAUUUGCCAAUGCCAGAGAACGAGAAGACCAAGGCGGGUGAACUGCAAGAUAAUGGAUGGAAACAAGCGGUACUAAAGUGUAAAGAAAUCCUGACCAGUAAACCAGUCAUGAAGAUAUUGGAUGGAAACAAAGACUUUGUGAUCCAUACCGAUGCCUCGAACUAUGGAGUGGGAUCAGUAGUUUCUCAAUUGGAUGAAGAUGGAGAGUACCACCCGGUCAUCUUUGAAAGUAGAAAGAUGACACCGGCAGAAAGGAACUACUCAACGACUGACCGAGAGUUGCUCGCGGCAAUUCAUGUAUUACAAAAAGAUAAUUCACAGGCUGAUACAGAGAAUAGUACAUUAAAGAGACAUAGAAAGCGAUACUUAAAAAAUAAUUGUACAAUUAUUAAAAACAAGAAACACAUUGCAAAAAUACUGGAUGAAAGUCAUGCUGGUUAUAUUGGUGGUCAUUUGGGUAUCACCAAAUCGUAUAUGAAGAUACGAUCAAAUUAUUUCUGGAUUGGAUUACAUUCGUCGAUCGUCAAGUUCAUUGGUUCUUGUGAUAUUUGUCAACGUUCAAACAAAUGCAAAGCGAAGGGUUUUCUGACGUCUCUAGAGAUACCUCAAAGAAAUUGGAUGGACAUAUCGAUGGACUUUAUGUCCUUGCCGACGUCCAAGAAUGGAAUGGACAAUUUAUUGGUUGUUGUGGAUAGACUAAGCAAGAUGGUUCACUUAAUGGCUUGCACUAAAGAGAUUGAUGCAGUAGGUACUGCAAAGUUAUUAUUUAACAAUGUCUUUAGACUACACGGACUGCCAUCGUCAAUCGUGUCGGAUAGAGAUCCGAGAUUCACGAGUGACCUUUGGAGUGAAUUAAUGACAGCUAUUGGAACAAAAUUAAAGAUGUCAACACCGAAUAGACCUCAAGGUGACGGUCAGACGGAAAUCUACAACAAGACUAUUAGAAAGAUAAUGGAAAAGUUUCAAGAGACACACAAGGAGAAUUGGGAUGAGCAUCUGACAGCUGUAGAAUUUGCUCUCAAUUCAUUUAAACAAUCGUCAACCAAACUUUCACCAUUCGAAAUCAAUUAUGGAUUUGAACCAACAACACCUUCCAACAUAUUCAACAUUCAUGCGAUCAAAGAUAUGGACAUCAAACAGAUGAUAGAUUACUUCCAAAAGGUUGCGAGAGACAACAUUCUGUCAUCACAAGUCGAACAAGCAAGAAACUACAACAAGAAUAGAAAGGAGAGUACUUUGAAAGAAGGGGAUGAGAUCCUGUUGAAUCGUAACAAGAUCAGCGACGCAUUACUCAAACAAGUGGUAGACAGUAAAAAGUUGAUUCAGGACAAGAUUGGUCCAUUCAAAAUUGUAAAGAAGAUUGGAGAGAAUACAUUUGAAGUCGAUCUACCAUCGACGAGCCGCACACAUAGGGUAUUCAAUGCUGACUACAUGGAAUUGUACAUCAAGAAUGACAAUGACCAAUUCCCAGAUAGAACCAUUCAAUUAGAUAGACCACAAGCAGUAUUGGUUGAUGGAGAAGAGGAGUUUGUAGUAGAAAAGAUACUUGCCAAGAAACUGGUUGGUAGAAACAAAAAGGUUCAAUACUUUGUGUUGUGGAAAGGAUACCCAAUCGACGAAGGUUCAUGGGUAGAUCACGAACAAGUAGAAGAUUGUGAAGCACUUGAUAUCUUCGAGCAAGAACAAGCAGCUGUCACGAAACAAGACAAAACAAACAAGGAAAAGAAAUAA